UGUGUGACGUUGUAGCCCCCUGCCUUUAGUGAAGAAGGUUUAUUUUGGCUUCUCCUGUUUCCCAGUCUCCGCCAUUAGUGACACAGGAAGAGUAGCACAGUGGAUAAUGGGGAUUAAAAUGGUUUAAAAAUCUGAAAAGGAGCGGGCGGAAAGCCGAUAAUUUUUGUUUUUAUUGAGGGGUUUCCACACGAUAAUGAGGUCAGGGUGGGGAAUGGCAAACGCAAUUAAAGAAGGGUUUCGGAAUUAACGGAGUAAAUACGGAUCUGGGAAAGCUCGUGAGGACUGGGACUGGCCAGCUCGGGGAAGGUUUGUUGUGGUUGAGCACCAGGGAGAGGAGUGUAAACACAGGAAAAGCCUGACUCCUGCCCUACCUCCACCAAGCAACUGUCGGACGAUGACCGAGCUGGGGGUGAAGUGGGCCUGCGAGUACUGCACGUACGAGAACUGGCCGUCGGCCAUCAAGUGCACCAUGUGCCGCGCCCAGAGGCCCAGCGGCACCAUCAUCACCGAGGAGCCCUUCAAGAGCGGGCCCGGCCUGGACGGCGGGCGCGAGUGGGACCCGCCGGGCACCGAGGGCGGGAGCGCCCCCCUGCUCAUCUGCCCGGACUCCAGCGCCCGGCCCCGCGUCCGGCCGCCGGGCACCUCCGAGCCCAGCAGCAAGUGGUCCUGCCACAUGUGCACCUACCUGAACUGGCCCCGGGCCAUCCGCUGCACCCAGUGCCUGUGCCAGCGCCAGCGCGCCCGCAGCCCCACGGACUCCUCCCCGCAGACCUCCGGGUCCGGGUCACGGCCCGGCCCGCCCCCUCAGGACCCCUGCGAGGAGUACAACGACCGCAACCGGCUCAACACGCGGGCCCAGCACUGGACUUGCGCCGCCUGCACGUACGAGAACUGGCCCAAGACCAGGAAGUGCGUGGUGUGCGACCACCCCAGGCCCAACGCCCCGGAGGCCAUCGAGCUGGCCGAGCCGGGGGACCCGUCCGCCGUCAUCAACGAGGAGGACCGCGCCCGCUGGAGGAGCAGCUGCAGCGGGGGCCAGCGGCGCUCGCCCCCCACCUCCAAGAGGGAGUCCGAGGUCAAGAUGGACUUCCAGAGGAUCGAGCUGGCGGCCGGAGCGGUCGGGAGCAAGGAGGAGCAGGAGGUGGACUUCAAAAAGCUCAAACAGAUCAAGAACAGGAUGAGGAAGACGGACUGGCUGUUCCUGAACGCGUGCGCAGGUGUGGUGGAGGGGGACCUGGCGGCGGUGGAGGCGUACAAGUCGUCCGGGGGGGACAUCGCCCGACAGAUGACGGCCGACGAGGUGCGCCUCUUGAACCGCCCCUCGGCCUUCGACGACGGCUUCACCCUGGUGCACCUGGCCAUUCGCUUCCAGAGGCAGGACAUGCUGGCCAUUCUGCUAACUGAGGUCUCCCAGCAGGCGACCAAGUGCAUCCCGGCCAUGGUGUGCCCCGAGCUGACGGAGCAGAUCCGGCGGGAGAUCGCCGCCUCCCUGCACCAGCGCAAGGGCGACUUCGCCUGCUACUUCCUCACGGACCUGGUCACGUUCACGCUGCCCGCGGAUAUUGAGGACUUGCCUCCAACUGUUCAGGAGAAGCUGUUCGAUGAGGUGCUGGACCGUGACGUGCAGAAAGAGCUGGAGGAGGAGUCCCCGAUCAUUAACUGGUCUCUGGAGCUGGGCACGCGAUUGGACAGCAGGCUGUACGCGCUGUGGAACCGCACCGCCGGGGACUGCCUGCUGGACUCGGUGCUGCAGGCCACCUGGGGCAUCUACGACAAGGACUCGGUCCUGCGCAAGACCCUGCACGACAGCCUGCACGACUGCUCGCACUGGUUCUACACGCGCUGGAAGGAGUGGGAGUCGUGGUACUCGCAGAGCUUCGGACUGCACUUCUCCCUGAGGGAGGAGCAGUGGCAGGAGGACUGGGCCUUCAUCCUCUCCCUGGCCAGUCAGCCUGGUGCCAGUUUGGAGCAGACUCACAUUUUUGUUCUUGCACACAUUCUUCGUAGACCAAUCAUAGUUUACGGAGUGAAGUAUUACAAGAGUUUCCGUGGUGAAACGUUAGGGUUCACUCGUUUUCAAGGCGUGUAUUUGCCUUUACUGUGGGAACAGAGCUUUUGCUGGAAAAGCCCCAUCGCCCUUGGCUACACCCGGGGCCACUUCUCCGCACUGGUGGCCAUGGAGAACGACGGCUACGACAAUCGAGGCGCGGGCGCCAACCUCAACACUGACGACGACGUCACCGUCACCUUCCUGCCACUAGUGGACAGCGACCGGAAGCUGCUGCACAUACACUUUCUAUCCGCACAAGAGAUGGGGAACGAGGAGCAGCAGGAGAAGCUGCUGCGGGAGUGGCUGGACUGCUGCGUGACGGACGGCGGCAUGCUGGUGGCCCUGCAGAAGAGCUGCCGCCGGAGGAACCACCCCCUGGUCACCCAGAUGGUGGAGAAGUGGCUGGACGGCUACCGGCAGAUCCGGCCCUGCGCCUCGCUGUCCGACGGCGAGGAGGACGAGGACGACGAGGACGAGUGAGGCCAGGGGGCGGAGCGAGGGCCGAGGGACGCCCUCCACCCCUCCCCCCCCGCGCACCCGUAACCGCCCCGCCACGAAACUCGGAAUCCCCCUCGUAGAGGGACGGUCGGCCCGCCAUUUCAGAAGCACCCAAGACGACAGCUGUUACUGUUACCGCGCAGACGAAAAACAACCUUGGAGCACGAACGCAAGCGAAAACACGCAAGCGGACGAAUGGAAGACUGACAGACCUCUACUUUGCUGCAUAAUAGAACUGGGAUGAAUUGAAAUAAAGGAUUGUAGUUUACGGAGAUGUUAUCCGAAAUAUUUUCUUUCUUUUUUCCUUUUUUUUUUCUCCCCAGGUGUAAAUUUCCAACCGUAAAUGUAAUGCAUGUGGUUGUUUAAGAAAUUAUGUAAUAGGAAAAAUACCAGCAUAAAGAAAGGAAACUUUAUAUCAAUUUAUUAUGGGCACUUACAAAAGCACAUUUUCAAAUGAUGUUUUCCUUAAGAGAUUGUUUUCUUUUUUUUCCCCCACCCCCCUUUGGAGUCGAAGAGUUCUGAUUGGCUCACUUGUUAUCGGGGGGGGUGGGCGCUAGCCAAUGUCAUAGCCCCUGGUCACAUUCUUCCUAAAAGGAGAAAAAUAUAUUUAGGAAAUUGUAUAUUGGAGAGCAAACACUGCACACUUAGUUAAAUUAAAGCAAAUUAGUGUAUGUAUAUAAAUUAUAUAUACAUAUAUACACGCAAAUGUAUUUGUAUAUAGGUAUACCUGCCCAGUUUUGAAAGCAAAUGUGCAAAGGUAAGGUAAGGAAAGGAAUAUCCCAUUUCAGAUUUAAGGUAGUUUGUUUUUCUCUUUAGGGAUGGGGGAUCAUCUGAAUUAGUUUUCUGUCCCUUGUUUACCCUUUUGCAAGCCUUCUGAAAAGAACUUUUUUUUGAGAAAAAGAAUUUCAGAUUAUUUAUUUGUCUGGGAGGGCUAGCGGGCAGAGGUUCUGAUCUCUAUUCUCUCCUGUUUUUGGACUUUUGUUUUUUCUUUUUGUGGUUUUGUUGAUUGUUAAUUCAAUCUUGAAGAAUUUUAUGUUGCACAAAAAAUACAUACUCUUGCUGUGAGGAAAAAAAAAUCUGUAAAAGUUUACUUAUUCAUGUGUGAUUUAGUACCUCAUUUUGAUGUUACAACUUAGGUGCUUAUUUUGUGGGACAAAAGAGAAGUCACCAAUUCAUGUCGACAUGACAAAAAUAAUGCAUUAAUAUUAAAUUAGAAUCACCCACGUCUUGUCCUGUUCUCAUAUUUCUGUUUCUUUUUUUGGUCCUUUUGAUUUCUUUCUAGUGGUCAGAUUAAUCCAUUUAACCCGUCUUCUGAUAUGAGCAUGAGAUCUAUACUUCUAGAAAAGUCUAGAAGGCUCUUAUUAUUUUUGUUGUUUAAUCAGCAAAUGUUUUGAAAUCAUUACACCGGUUCCCAUUCCAUCACUGAGGUGUGGGUGACAGACCUACACCAGACCAGUCAGAUCAUCUUGUUCUUUCACAAAAAAUAUCUAUGUGGGUUAUCAAGCUUUUCUUGGACACCUGUUGUUUUAUCUUGUUUUUGCUGUUUGACAGGUCCGAACAUUCACCAAUGUUUAUUCAUAGUUAUUAAAGAGGAAAGUCCAAAACCAAAGCAAUGGUGGGGUGGGAUUAUAUAUAUAUAUAUAUAUAUAUAUAUAUAUAAUGAGAUUUGAAUAGCGUGCAUUGGUGUUAAUACCAUAGAUGGAAAGUACUGUUCAUGCACUGUUUCCAUGGGAUUCUUUAGUUAAAACGGACACAUAGUUUCAACACUACCUAAUUGUCACUCUGUGUUUAUUAAGUGGAUGCAAAUCUGACAAAAUGGGACACAUAAGUAACAUCAAUACUUGGGUUUUGAGUGAAUGCUUGUGCAGAGGAUGGAUUAUGUGAGGAGAAAUAAAGUUAAGUAUGACGA